AUGGCAACUCCCAAGUUCAACUCAAAGUCUCCGACUAUACGGCGCAUACAUUUAUUCGAAUGGCACUUCACUUUCCGUGGGCCACCCAACUCCUCCUACAGCGAAGGCAUCUACCAUGGCCGUAUCGUGUUGCCGCCCACAUACCCUCUUCGUCCGCCGAGUUUCCGGUUCCUUACACCUAGCGGCCGUUUCGAAACCAACCGGGAGAUUUGUCUCAGCAUCAGCGGCCACCACGAAGAGACGUGGCAACCCGCAUGGGGCGUGAGGACGGCACUCGUCGCCUUUAUGGAGACGGACCCCCGAGGCCAGCUGGGCGGUCUCGAGACAAGCGAUUCUGUACGAAAGCGUCAUGCCAUCGCAUCACACACAUUCAAAUGCCCAGCUUGCACAAAGACAAAUAUUGAAAUCAUCCAAGAAUGUGAAGAAUCGGCAAAGGCCAACUCCGACUCGCCAGAUUCAGUGACUGAAGUCGAGAUACCCUCCGAGCUGAAGCUUGGAUACAAGGAUGAGAUGACUGAGUCUAAGGGCUCGGAAGGAGGAUCUACGGAAGCAGUGACACCGGUGCCUCCGACACCAAGAACCGAACCGGUGGAUGCAGAGAGUGCCGAGCUGGCUGAGGGCUUUGUCCGUACGGCACCCGAGACAGUCGCGGCGGCCCCGAGUUCAGCAUCAACAUCACAGUCACCAGCGACGGCUGCAUCUUACCCUCCUGCGCAUCCAGGUCAAGGUAUUAUCGCCCCUACACGGACGGUCUCGCUGCCUCCGGCCCCGAAUCUUAGUGUGCGCCCCCAGGCUCCUCCUACCACCCGUGCGUAUGACGAAGGCGUACCGCUCUGGGUUGAUCGAGCUAUUGUCGUUCUCGUUGUGCUUCUGCUGGCCAUGAUUCUUAAAGUCUUGCUUGACUUUUAG